AUGUCCCCUCUGAACCUACUCAUCUACUUCUCUCUUCUUCUCCACUCUUCAUAUGCACAACUGAUCACUGGAGAGAAAGGUUUUAGCCUUGAGCUUAUCCACGUCGACUCCAAGCGCUCGCCGUUCUACGAUGCGAAGCUCACCGAUUUCCAACGUAUCGUUCGCUCGAUCGACCGCUCUAAAUCUUACGUUCUCUGGCUGGAGUCGACGAUGAUCGACAAAGCCAACCUCACCACCGUCAUACGCCCUCCUCUCCACGCGAAGCCCGCCGCGACAUUUAUGGUCGCCGUCGGUAUCGGCUCCGGUAACGGCUCGCACAACUAUUACCUCCACAUGGACACCGGCUCGGGCCUCACUUGGACGCAAUGCCUCCCGUGCCACCGAGGUUUCCCUCAAUCCGCCCCCAUGUUCGAUCCCCGAUCGUCCCCCACGUACCGCGUCGUCGGCUGCGACGACCCCGUAUGCAGGCCCCCGCGAUACAAAUGCGUCGACAAUCGUUGCGAAUACAACAUGCGAUACUACGACAAUACCUUCAUCAACGGCACCCUCUCGAGAGAGACCUUUAGCUUCCAAGACGCGCGCGCUAGCCAUCGUGUGCCCGUCCGAGACCUCGUCUUCGGCUGCACCCACUCGAGCAAAAUGAACUAUCGCGGGAGCCCCGCGGGGAUCUUCAGCAUGUCUCGGAACCCUACUUCGACGGUGAAGCAGCUCGCGACGCUCACGAACGGUCUCUUCUCCUACUGCUUCUUCCCGCCCGAAACCCCCCACACCAGCUUCCUGCGAUUCGGGCACGACAUCAAAACGCCGCGAGGAGGCUUCCAAAGUACGAGGAUCUUAGAAUACCCCGACGACGAAGGCUACUACCUCGAUGUCGAGGACAUCAGCCUCAACGGGCGGCGCCUGCGGUUCCCGAGAGGGACCUUCGCGCGCCAAAGUGUUGGAAAUGGCGGUUUCCAAGUAGAUUCGGGAGCCGCCGCGACGCAUCUAACCACCCACGCAUUCGAUCGGGUGGAAGAUACGAUGAAGGAUUAUUUCCGCCUCCGGCUCAAUCUUCGUCCUGUGAAUGAUUCUGGCUUGCCAUUUCGGCUAUGCUAUAAAAUGGUGAGGGGAAUCGAGCACGAGUUGCCGACUAUGACCCUGCACUUCGGAGACGGCGCGAGUUACCACAUACGGCAGUCGGGACUGUUCGUAAAUUUUACCAGAGAGCACAGAUUCUGCCUCGCCGUGAUGCCGGGCGGCAGGGUGAGCGUGCUUGGAGCGAAGCAGCAGUUCAACACCUGGAUGAGAUUUGAUACUGCACACAAUUUGCUAGCCUUUGCUCCGCAUGAUUGUCUUAGAGACAUAGCCUAA